ACUCGAUCAUCCUCUUGGUUUCUACUACCAGAUUCGUCAUCUUGUUCCGGUACAGUCUCGCGGUAGAAUCCUUUUGCCUUUUGCAUUUAAACUUUUCAUACAACGUUACUCUGCCCAAAAGUCCAGCGAGCUUUCAGCUCCAUUUUGUCAUAUUAAGUUUAAGAUCUUACACUGUGUAACUCCGUUUUUGUGACCUGAAAUAUUGAACUUAUAAAAUAAAUCGAAGUUAAUCAAAGUAUUCAAAUACAUAUAUUAGAAUCAGUUAUUCCGUUAAAUUCUCUCACCAAUCUACGCUCCAAGUCGUCACAUCCAGAGUAUUCUCAAGAGGGAAAACCCGACGUCAAACGUAUAACGACCAUGCGAGAAAUAGGGCAUUAAAAUAUACAAUCGGUCAAGCUUCGCGAGGUUUGUCAGCGACUGGAAAUCGAUAUAGUCCGUACCGGCACGAAACGAAGGAAGCUAAUAAUGGUCACGGAUUACAAAAUGAAAAUACCACACAUUGGCAGUAUUUUACCUUCACCCGCUUACAAACUUUAAGCGUAAUGAAUAACAACGAUGAUCUUAUAGCUGAAUUACAUGUGAAGAAAGAUGAGUUUGAUCAAUUAUUAAAUGGUGAUUUUAGACCAGACCAUUUUGUACUCGUAGUACAAAUCUUGGCCAAGAUUUCUCGAGCUAACUUUACGAAAAUUUUAUCAAGCAUACUUUGCUGUUCUUGUUUCCCUACAUUUAUUAAAAACUUGGAAAGUUAUUUGACUAAAUUGCCAUUUGAGACUAAAGAAGAUAAGUUACAAAAUAAAUUUUACUGGAAUGAUAUAAAUCUUUUUUGGAGUAAUCUGGUUGAAUUUUUCCAAAAAUUUACUGAACUUUUUCCUCGCAAAGCUCGUGAUGAGUUAACCUCAGUGCUGGAUAAAACGAAUUUGAUCAUAGCAACCACUGAAAUGAAUCAAGACUGUAGAAUUGCUGCCAGUAUAAAAGAAAGAACUUCGAAAAUUUGUCGCAUAUUGAAGGUAAAAAUCCCUAAACUUGAGACCAAAGAGAAGGUUUUUGCAACGUCAUCUGUGCAAGAGUUGCAAGAUCCUCUGGAAGAUUUUAGAACGUUGAGCAUCAUACCAACUAUUCAGGAUGUGUUUAAUGAGAAGCCUUUUAUUAGGCCGAAUAAACUCGUAGGAGCUUACGAUUCGGUUGAGCAUUACCUGGAUGUGCAAUUUCGUUUGUUGCGUGAAGAUUUCAUGGCACCCUUGCGAAAUGGCAUACAUGAAUAUUUGAAUGGAUCCAAAAAAUAUAGUAAAACUGAUGUGAGGGUUUACAGAAAAGUAACAAUGAUGAAUCCUGAAGUAGCAGGCAACAACAUCGGUGUUAUGGUAUCAUUUGGAAUAUUAAAAUUCAUAAACUGGGACACUAGUAAAAGAUUUCAGUUUGGUGGUUUAGUAUGCUUAAGCAGCGAUAAUUUCAGCUCAAUUAUAUUUGCAACUAUUGCUAAUCGAGAUAAAGAGUUGUUACAGAGGGGAACUGUGUUGAUUAAACCGUGCAAAAAAACCGCCAUCACUCACGACCAUUAUCAUUCUAAUUGGGUUAUGCUGGAGUCUAAAAUAUAUUUUGAACCAUAUCUGGCAGUGCUAAAUGCAAUGUGCCAAAUGAAUGAAAAAAAUUUUCCAAUGAGGAAGUAUUUGGUCGAUGCAGAUACAACUAUUUCGCUACCUCAUUAUUUCAAAACUGAUGCAGUACUAAAGUAUAAGGGCUUUUCACUGCAAGUGGGAGAUUACGCCACUUGGCCAACUACCAAACAACUGCGGUUAGAUGAAACGCAGUACGAGGCAUUCAAAUCUGGUCUUUCUCAAGAAAUUGCAAUUAUACAAGGACCGCCAGGAACAGGCAAGACGUUUAUUGCUCUAGAAAUAAUUCGGACUUUGCUAGAGAACAAGGAACAAUGGAGAUGUAAUGGGCCAAUCGUCAUUGUCUGCUUGACAAAUCAUGCCCUUGAUCAAUUCCUUGAAGGUGUUACGAAACAUACAACUUCGAUAGUUCGUGUCGGCAGUCGAUCAAAAAAUGAAGCUCUGUCACAGUAUACACUUGGAAAUAAACGAGAAGCACGACCACGCAGAAAUUGGUGUCAUGACAAGUGGUACCAAGUGAAGAUAAUCUUAUCUAACAUGAAGAGAACCCGUAAAGUAUUACAGGACUUGUCUAAAAGAUAUGCCAUUGUAUCUCCACACCUUCUAUAUGCCUAUUGCCAUGACGAAACGUUGCAAGACAUGAAGAAUGUUAACGAAUUGUUCCAAUGGUUAUUGACACAUACUGACAAUUCAAUGAAAAUAUGUGAGACGCAGAGCACAAAUACUGCCACAGAAAUGGAAAUUGACGGUAAUAGCGAAUUUGAAGAGCCCAUUUUUCCUUUGGAAAUCGUUGAUAACGAAAUUGCUGAGAUUGACGCAAACAUGAACGAGUACAGACGAACUACACGCACACAAAACAUACCAGUAUUUCCACGACAUGAAGUUGUUCAAUUAAAACAUCGUGCUGACACCUUGAAGUUACAACGGUCCGACCUACAGCGGAACCUGACUCAGCAUCCUCUAUUAAUUCGAGAUAACGAAAACUUUCUGCCGAGUUUACCUUGGCAAAAGUACUGGGAAUGGGUAGAACUGAGUUAUAAAAAUGCCAAACAGAAAUUAACUGAUUUGGAAGAAGAGUAUCAUUCAGCAAAUGAAGAGUUGAAUGAAGUUAAGCAAAUACUUGAUUUGUCGAUACUUCGAGAGCACGAUGUUAUUGGGUUUACUACGACAUGUGCAGCGAGAUUAUAUGCUUCUCUGCAUGCUCUGCGUCCGCCGAUAGUACUGGUGGAGGAGGCAGCUGAAAUUCUGGAAUCACAUGUCGUUUGCUCUUUGACCCAACAUUGCCAGCAUCUUAUCCUCAUUGGGGAUCAUAAACAACUGCGACCAAAGGUGGCUGUUCACAAGUUGGGUUCAAAAUACAAUUUCAAUAUAUCUCUUUUUGAAAGAAUGGUCAACAACAGAGGAAGUUGCACACAGUUAGGGCAUCAGCAUCGUAUGCGACCGGAAAUUGCCAGACUAAUCUGUCCUUCCGUGUAUAAGAUUCUCCACAACCAUGAAUGCGUUUUGGAAUAUCCCCCUGUAAUGGGAUUAGAGAAAAAUGUUUUUUUCAUAACGCAUGAUAACCCAGAGGCAACACACGACAACCAAGAGAGUUGGAUAAAUCCACACGAAGCCAAAUUUCUAGUAGCAUUUGCUAGACAUCUGAUAUUGCAAGGCUAUAAAAGUACAGAAAUCACUAUACUCUGUACCUAUGCGGGACAACUUUUCACACUUAUCAAGGAGAGAAAUUGUCAUGAGAUUCUUAAAGCAGUGCGCAUAACCACAAUUGACAAUUUUCAAGGAGAGGAGAACAGAAUUAUUCUUCUUUCAUUAGUUCGCAACAACAGCGAAGGAAAUAUUGGAUUUCUGAAAGAAGAGAACAGAGUUUGUGUUGCACUAUCUCGUGCCCGUGAAGGCCUUUAUAUCAUGGGGAACAUGGACAAUCUUACGAAUAAAAAUAAUAUUUGGCCAAAAAUUAAACAAGUUUUAGAAAAUGACAAUGCAAUAGGUGAUACACUCGAAUUACGAUGCAAGUAUCAUUCUGAUACAUUAAUAAAGAUACGAAACGGAAGCGAUUUUGUGGAACAAUGCCCGGAAGGGGGAUGCUUACAAAAAUGUAAUACUGAUUUACCGUGUGGACAUUCUUGUACCAGCAUUUGUCAUACCCUUGACAGAGAGCAUUUCAAUUUCAUGUGCAAACAGCGUUGCGUUAAAAAGUGUCCGGAUGAUCAUCCUUGUCCACUUUUAUGUUACCAAGGAUGCAAGCCGUGUCUAGUUGCUGUUGAACGCCAAUUGAAAUGCGGUCAUGCUGUUUUUAUCUCGUGUGGGACAGACCCUGAUACAUACCAAUGUCCUGUCAAAGUCGAUGUUACCCUACCUCAUUGCAAUCAUACUACUGAAAAAAGCUGUUAUAUGCCUCUGGAUAAGGUCCCAUGCCCAUAUCCCUGUAAAAUUCGUUUAGCAUGUGGACAUUCUUGUGAACAAAAAUGUCAUGCUAACGAUGAUCCUGAUCAUCUGGAGCACUUUUGUCAUAAGCCCUGUUCAAAAAGGAACAGCCACUGUACUGCCGAUCAUCCGUGCAAAUUGAAGUGUUAUGAGAAAUGUAUAGCAUGUCCUAUUAAUGUAUCAAAAAUACGAUCUUGCGGACAUGAACUUAAUUGCAAAUGCUCGGAUGAUGUAGAAAAACUCGUAUGCUAUAAACGAAUAAAAUUUGAGAGAAUCUGUGGACACAAAGCUACAGUAAGAUGCUUCCGGAAGGAUGACGAAGAAUGUAAUGAAGAGGUACUGAAACUAAGUGCAUGUGGUCACCAAAUAAAAGUGAAAUGUUGCCAAACACCAAGUUCUUCUCUGUGUGGCGAUAAAUGUAAACUUAAUUUAAAAUGUGGCCAUCCCUGCACUAAUCUAUGUAAAAACCCAUGUACAAACGAAUGCAAGGCCCCUGUCCUUCAAACGAAACAUGGGCUUUGUGGACAUCUCAUUCCCGUGCCUUGCUUCUUAAAAGAAACUGAAGCCAAGUCUCCAGCACUACUACAGUAUUGCAAGGAACCAUGCAAACAUGAAUUAUCUUGUGGCCACUUUUGCCAAGGCAAUUGUUGGUCCUGCAAACAGGGACGUAUACACAAACCUUGCCAAGAAAAAUGUGGCAAGACUCUCAUUUGUGGACAUAGGUGCGAUGUGCCUUGCAGUCUCGAAUGUCCACCGUGUCAAAAACCUUGCGAAAUGAAAUGCAAACACAGUAGAUGUGACAGAAAGUGUGGAGAAACCUGUAUACCAUGUAGAGAAACCUGUGCAGCGCGAUGUAAACAUACAAUUUGUCUCAAACGAUGCUUUGAAUUGUGUAACAGAAGACCAUGUGAGAAACAAUGUUCUAAACGCUUGAAGUGUAAGCAUCGUUGCAUCGGCUUCUGCGGCGAACCAUGCCCACCAUUAUGCAAAAUCUGCAACAAAAAAGAACUAAUCGAUGAAUUUUUUCUCGGGUAUGAAGAUGAACCAAAUGCCAGAUUUGUGUUUCUUGAAGAUUGUGGGCACUGCAUAGAGAAUAAGGGGCUUCUAAAUUGGAUGUCAGCAAACACUCAAACAGUUCAAGUGAAGACAUGCCCGCGAUGCAGCACUCCUAUAAAUAAAUGCACUCGAAUAUUAAACGAAAUUAAAACGCAUCUGAAAGAUGUUCAGCUUGUAAAGGCAAAAAUAUUUGGGGAUCACACCAACUUACAAAAUCAACAAUUCUUACUUGUCACCAGAAUUAAACACAUGUACGAGAACCCAGUGAUGAAAGAGUUUGCUGAAAUCAUGACAUAUCUGAAAAACUUGAGUGCGAGUGUCUCCCCAAUCACAAAAACGAAGAGACGACAAACCUUGGAUGCGCGAGCAACUGAGGCUACUCGAAUUGUACUCGACAUACUGCAAGAUAUAUGUAGGAAAUUAGAAAAAGUCAAGAGUCGUACCGUUCCCUCCUACAUAUCAGUAAAAAAUCAACUAACUAUGCUAUUGAAAAGCCUUCCCACACGAGGCCAAAUUUCUCAACAAGAAAUCAAUGACAUUGAACGGGAAUCACAACGGUUGCAUUAUCUGGUAGAAGUGUGCACAAUGGAAUCAGAAGCUGGCUUUGAUGAAUACCACUCACCAGCUGAUAAGAGACCAUACAAUUCCGUACUAAAGAAACUACUUCAAAUUGAAAAAUUUUCCGAAUCGAGUGAAGAAGAAGUUAAAACUGAUUUAAAUCAAUUGAGGACACUGUAUCGCAUGAAAAACGUGAUAAAUAACGAACGCAAAAUGAUCGUGAAAGUAAUGGGUUUCCGGCAAGGACACUGGUACAAGUGUCCUAACGGACAUAUUUAUGCAAUUGGAGAUUGCGGUCGUGCAAUGCAAGAAAGUCAUUGUAACGAGUGUGGAGCAGCAAUUGGUGGUUCUUCGCAUCGAUUACGAAAUGACAACACGGCAGCUACAGAAAUGAAUUGAUUCUCACCUCCUGCUCGUCCAUGAUAUACAUGAGUAUCCUAUCCUUGGGGUCGUGGUCACCGCAAAUUGUGUUUUCGAACACGUGGUUUAGGAUGACGCCUACAGAACGGUUAUCAUUGCAUACCUUCAUAUAAAUACAAUUUUUAUGUAAUACAACAAAAAAUAUAUAUCAACGUUCCUUUUAUUCCAUA